GUUGUCUGGCUCGCUGGUUCGACCAUACUAUCAUCAGGUGUCGCUCGAAGAUAAUGUUCGGUAGUCAAAAUGUAAAUGAUGAAAAGUAAUUAAAAAUUAUAGUUUGCGUACAUAAAUAUAGUUUUGGAACGUAUAUUCAGUUUUGAACACUUCUGAUAAUUCAUCGAAUAUAAGUCAUGCUGCUGCUGCGAUUAUACGUGGCUGAACGGUUGUCCAACCAACGAGUUUAUGGUUAGGGAAAUAUUCCGGGAUUCUACUGUGAGUAAUAACGUUUCUUCGAAAUGAUAUUUAAUAUGUAAAAGCAACAUGGGGCAAGGAAAGAGUCAAUUUACGGAAGAAGAGUUACAGGACUAUCAGGACUUGACUUACUUCACCAAGAAAGAAGUCUUGUAUGCACAUCAGAAAUUCAAAGCUCUUGCACCAGAAAAAGUGGGGCACAACAAAAAUGCCAAACUACCUAUGGCAAAAAUACUCCAGUAUCCUGAACUACGUGUGAAUCCCUUUGGAGACAGAAUCUGCUGUAUAUUUAGUUCAAGCCAUGAUGGAGAUUGUACUUUUGAAGACUUUCUUGAUAUGAUGUCAGUGUUCAGUGAUGGAGCACCAAAAGCUGUGAAAGCGGAACAUGCUUUUCGAAUAUUUGAUUUUGAUGGAGAUGAUAUGUUGGGGGUAACUGAUCUCAGACAAGUAAUAGAUCGCCUAACUGGUCAGCAGCAUCUCAGUGAACAGGACAUGCAGCAUCUUAUUCAGAAUAUUCUGGAUGAAGCUGAUUUAGAUGAUGACGGAGCACUCUCUUUUGCAGAAUUUGAGCAUAUUAUCUCUAAAUCCUCUGAUUUUGCAAACACUUUCAGAAUCCGCCUGUAAUCAACUUCCAUAUGCAUAGGACCGGCUAAGUGUUUACUGCUCAAAGGAAAUACACUUUUGAUAUUACUAGAGCAUCCCAAGUAAUCUAAUAGAAGACUGUGAAAUGCGUAAUUUAUUAUUAGAUUUAAAGCCUAGCAUAAUAAGUUUGAAUCCUCAAAGCCCAGCAUAACUGUAGGAAUGAUUUUGUAAUAUAUUUAUAUAUGUUUUUAUAUGCUUAAUAUGUUUGAAACAAACAGUAUACCAAAGAUAAUUUACAUGUUACUCUCUUGCAUGUUCAAGAUAUCUCAUUACAGUUCUUAGUUUCAUAAAUAAGAUUUUAUAAAUGUAUUCUGUAAUAAGAUAAACAUUUGUUGGCAAUUUUAAUAUGUGGUCUUGCCACUCCCUUCUUAAUAAUCAUAAUACAUGUAAAUCCACUAAUUGUGCCCAUCCUCUGCUCUACAUUUUAAAACAAUUCAUAUUGGUUCAGUAUGUGGACCAUAAAUCUCCACAUUUAUCAUAGCUGAACAUUCAACAGAACUCAAGAUAUCUCUCUUAGUUUCCAUAAUCUGUAAUCCUAUGUAGUUACCAGUUUUUCAGUGUUUGUGAGACAACAGAGUAACUAGCCAUGACAUACAUGUGAGGUAUGACAGAAAAUACAUCAUAGGCAUUAAAGACUGAGUGUGAAGUAGACUAACAAGCUGCAGGGCCUAUAUAUAUCACAUAGUACUAUUCCAGUCUUUUCUUUAAGGAGUCUAAAAAAGUGUCACAGGUAUCUACAUGUCUAUUUAACAUGAGAUCACUGCCAGUUCACAUUAUUCUACCUGUGAACUCCAUGUUUACAAGUGUGUCUCAAUAAAACUGCUGCUUGAUUUUUAAAA